CGGCCGGUGCAGCCUGCACCCCCCCGGCCCCGGCAUGUCACGGAAGAAAGCGGCUCGCAGCAAGGGCGGCGGUGCCGCUCCCUCCGCCGCUCUGCCCUCCGCCGGUCAGGGCAGCGGCCGAGCUCCCGCUGCCGGUUGCCCGCGAGGCUCCGCGCCCGAGCUGCCCCGCAACGGCGGAGCGGCGGCCGGGCGGCCGUCGCUCAGCAGCAGCGGAGAGUUCUACGAUCUCGCUUUCAAGGUGAUGCUGGUGGGUGACUCAGGGGUUGGCAAAACCUGUCUGCUGGUGAGGUUCAAAGAUGGAGCCUUCCUCGCCGGCAGCUUCAUCUCCACUGUUGGGAUUGACUUCAGGAAUAAGGUGCUGAUGGUGGAUGGGGUGAAGGUAAAGCUGCAGAUCUGGGACACAGCCGGGCAGGAGCGAUUCCGCAGCGUCACCCAUGCCUACUACCGGGAUGCCCACGCCCUGCUCCUGCUCUAUGAUGUCACCAACAAAGCCUCGUUCGACAACAUCCAGGCUUGGCUGACAGAGAUCCAUGAGUAUGCACAGCAAGACGUGGUCCUCAUGUUACUGGGAAACAAGGUGGAUUCAGCCCAGGACAGAGUGGUGAAAAGGGAAGAUGGGGAGAAGCUGGCCAAGGAGUAUGGAGUGCCCUUCAUGGAGACCAGUGCAAAAAGUGGCCUCAAUGUCGAGUUGGCCUUCACAGCCAUUGCAAAGGAACUGAAGCAUAGGUCCAUGAAGCUGCCCAAUGAGCCCAAAUUCAAGCUCCAUGACUACGUGAAGAAGGAAGUGAGAGGCUCAGGCUGCUGCAGGUCCUAAGGUGCUGGGCGCAGCUGUACAGAGACUCAGGCCCCUGGCCCUGCGCCACGCUCUCUUUCUCUCUCCUUGUGGACAAUGUGUGCAUGUCUGUCUGUCUGUCUGUCGUGUCUGUGUCUGCUAAGAGGUGAGCUGGGAUCUGGGGAAGGGAGAAGCAGCAGCAGAAGCUCUCUUGGAUGGAGGUGCUGCAGCCCCACGCUGGGUGCUGCUCCCCCUGAGCACUGCGGGCACAUGGGCUGCCAUUGCUGGGUACAGCCACUUGUUCUGGUGCUGGUGGGAGGUGGGAUGUCU